CUCAGACAACCAACCUCCUUUCCUUCAGCUCAAGAAAUCCAAAAAAAAAAAAAAAAAAACCCUUUUCCAUAUAAUCUCUAGCCUCUCAUUUUGGAGAAUGAUUUUUCUUCAAUUUCCUUAAUUUCUCUCUUUCAAAACACAUUAGAUUGAAAUUUUCUCUCUCUCUUAUAGACAACUUAGCUUUGCUUGUUUUCAUACUUCCUUUGUCAUAUAUUCUUGAUAUACAAUAAACAGUAGUUAAUUAAACUACCUUAAAAAUCAAAUAUAUGUAUAAUGGUUAAAGAAGAACAAGCGGUUAAGUCGAGGUCUUUUAGCUUUAAGAGGAUUUUUGAGAUCCCAGGACGACAGGUGCAUAGUUUAAUCUUCGAUGGUACAAAUGGUGGAGAAACCGUUGAGGAGAAACAACUUGGGAGUCAAGGCUCGAAACCUACAACAUUGGAACCGAUAGGAUCUCUAUUUAAUCGAUCAAUCGACAAAAGUCCAAGUUCGGCCUCAAGCAAAGAGGUGGUGGCCAAAGGAGGAAGUCACCUCAACAAAGACCGGCAACCUUCAGAUAUGGAGUUCAUGAAGGAAAGGUUUGCUAAGCUGCUUUUGGGAGAAGACAUGUCAGGUGGUGGGAAAGGUGUUUCAUCAGCUUUGGCUUUGUCAAAUGCCAUUACAAAUCUUGCAGCUUCUGUUUUUGGAGAACAAAGGAAAUUAGAGCCAAUGUCUGCAGAUAGGAAAGCAAGGUGGAAAAAGGAAAUAGAUUGGCUUUUAUCUGUGACUGAUUACAUUGUUGAAUUAGUUCCUUCCCAACAAAAAUCCAAGGAUGGAACAAGUAUGGAGAUAAUGUUAACACAACAAAGAAGAGACCUGCUAAUGAAUAUCCCAGCCUUGCGCAAGCUCGAUACAAUGCUCCUUGAUUGCCUAGAUAACUUCAAAGACCAGGAUGAAUUCUGGUAUGUCUCAAGAGAUUCUGAUGAAGGUGAGAAAGGCAGCCAGAGAGAUGACAAAUGGUGGCUACCUACAGUUAAAGUUCCCCCUGAUGGGCUAUCAGAUGCAUCUCGAAAAUGGAUGCAAUUCCAGAAGGAAUCUGUAAACCAAGUUCUCAAAGCAUCAAUGGCCAUCAAUGCUCAAAUACUAUCCGAAAUGGAGAUCCCUGACAACUACAUUGAAUCCCUCCCUAAGAACGGUAGAUCAAGCCUUGGUGAUUCAAUUUAUAAAAGCAUUACAGUGGAAUUUUUUGAUCCUGCUGACUUCCUUUCAACCAUGGACAUGUCAACUGAGCACAAAGUUCUUGACCUAAAGAACCGAAUUGAGGCUUCUAUUGUGAUUUGGAAAAGGAAGAUGCACCAUAAGAAUGAAAAGUCUUCUUGGGGUUCAGCUAUCAGUUUGGAGAAGAGGGAACUAUUUGAAGAGAGAGCAGAGACCAUCUUGCUCCUACUUAAACAACAGUUCCCCGGGCUUCCUCAAUCCUCGCUUGAUAUAAGUAAAAUUCAAUAUAACCGAGAUGUUGGAUAUUCUAUUCUAGAGUGCUAUUCAAGAGUACUGGAAAGCUUGGCGAAUACUGUCAUGUCUCGUAUUGAAGAUGUCUUAUAUGCAGACUCUCUUACUCAAAAUCCAUCAUUGGCAUUAUCGAAAAGGAAGCCCUCAAUGGAUUCAUUGCCGGUAGAAGGACUAGGGAGUUCCCCGAGCUCUGAAGAUAUGGAGAAACUAAAUAGUAUUACAGAUACGCCAAAUUCAAUGACAUUAUCCGAUUUCAUGGGUUGGAAUUUGGAUCAAGGAGAGACAGAGAUUAAAAAGAAUUACUCAAUGGGCAACUUACAAUGCUUGAAGGAAGAAAAUGAGAAGUUGAGCAAACCUCCAAACAUUGUUACUAACAAAAAAAUUUCAUACAUUGAUAAGCUUGAAGCCUUGGGUGGUCUAAGAAGUCCAACACGCUUUUAAUUGUACAAAUUUUAGAAGCAGAAAAAAGAGGGAAAACCAAAACAAAACAAAACAAAACGAAACACAAGUGAGGGAGCAACAGUUAAACAAGAAAACAGAAAAUUAAAAAAGAUGUUUAGCAUCAUUUAUCAGAUGUAAAUAUUCAGACCCUCUAAGGAGUCUAUGCAUUUUGUAUUUCUUUUGUUGUUCUUCCAUCUUUUUCUGGCUAGAGAAACAAUAAUGGGUAAUUACAUUCAAGAAGUCCUUUUAGCCUCCUCUUUCUUUCUUUUUUAUUUUUCUUUUUUC